UUACUAAAUUCUGUUAUCUUGAUUGUAGUUUCUGUGUUUUUGGUUUUGAUUUUUAGAGAUGGGUUUGAGUACUAAACAGGUUUCUAGUGACGGGCAUGAUUGGGGGGACAGUUUGUUGCAGUCCGGUAGUGCUUUGGAGAUUCCUAAGCCUCCGGUAGCGGUGGCGAGGCGGCUACAACUGCGGCAUCAGCAAUCAGAGCCACUGGCAUGUCCAAGAUGUGGAUCUAAAAACACAAAGUUCUGUUACUACAAUAAUUACAACGAGUCUCAGCCUAGACAUUUUUGUAAAGCUUGCAAGAGGCACUGGACUAAAGGUGGUACUCUCCGAAAUGUCCCCGUUGGCGGUGGCCGGAAAAACAAGCGGCUCAAGACUGCCACCACCACCACCACCACCUCCACUACCACCGCAACCACCACCGCCACCACCGCCACCGCCUCUAGUAGGAGUAAUACCCACGUGGGUAUUCAAAAUCAGCAAGAACUUGGUGGUGACCAGAAGAACAUCUCUGAAAUUCUUUAUCACGCUUUCAUUCAUCCACCACAUGACUCAAUUAAUGGUUCUGGCAAUUUCAAUCUGAAAAGUUUCAGUGGCAACAAUGGAAACUUUUUGGGUUCAACUCUACCAUUCACAUUCUCAAGUUUGAGCUCUUUUGAGAGUGACCCAUCUUCAAUUCCCACCUCUUUUCGGUCUUCGGAUUGUUACGAGUUCACCGGAGGGUUGGCUUUUAUGGAGGAGGAGGACAGAACCAUCACCACCUUCAUCCCCACCACAACAAGCAUUGCUACUCAGCCAUGGCAAGUUGUUCCAACCACAAGCAGUGUCAUGGACAUGCCAAACUACUGGAAUUGGGAUGAUAUUGAUACAUUGGUAUCAACUCAAGAGCUCAACAUACCUUGGGAUGAUCAUGAUACUGAUUUAAACCCUAAAUCCUAAAGAAAAUCUGAUAUAUUAUUAUCAGUGUCUGUCUAUGUAUAGAUCAGUUUGUGUUAAUUGGUGUCUGUCUUUGAUGGGUUGUUCUCUUUUCUUUUGUUUCAGUCUUCUUCUUAGAUGUUUCACAAGGUUUUGUCAGAAAAUCGAAUCGAUAUUGGUCGCGGUGUAGAUUGGUAUCUGGAAUAUCGAACAAUAUCGGUUGACCUGGUCAUCAAUUUUCUAAAUCAUCAGCUGCAAAAAUAAGAAAGGAAUUUUUUUUUUUUUAUAGCAGCCAAACUGGCUAUAUCAACUGUGAAUUGGAUCAUGAAUCGACUUGAUCUGAUUUUCAUUUCUACCAGUAUACCGAGGUGUGUUGAUAUUGGGAAGCCGAAAAACCGAUCUAGCCUAUAUUUAAAAUAAUGAAGUAACUCUCGUAUGUCCAUGUGUAUUUGUAUUGAGUUUGAGUGAAAACAUCUAUCGUAGUCCCUCUCAAUCUGUAAUUAUUAUAGUGAAAUGUAUACUGUUUGAAGCAGUCCUUUUUAGAAUUUCCGCUUUUUCAACGUAUGUGUCCAUUAAUUGUC